AUCCCAACUAACUUCAGCUUCAGUUCGCUGACCUUUAUUUUCCCUUUUGCCUCGUGAUGUCCCGCUAGACUCAACGAAUAUGGACCCAUUGUCUGUUUCUGCAUCUGUUAUCGGUCUCCUCGGCGCUGGCGCCAAGAUCACCAGCUUUCUAUUCACAUUCGUACAGAAUGCGCGCGAAGCCCCACGCUUGGCGCAGAGCCUUCUAUGGGAGAUGGCAGACAUCGCCGCGGUGCUGGGAUCUUUACAGUGCUAUGUGAGCGGAAGAACACAGGCAUCGGCGGAACGGGGGGCGCUUAUCCGGUUGGAGCAAGUGUUGACCACCUUGACGGGCUGCGUCACGACGUACUCGGACCUUCAGAGGAUCAUCGAUGACCUGAACGUGGAUCCAGAAAUGGGCGCCUUCGAUAAGCUCAAGUGGUCGAAACAAGAGUCGAAGAUCAGUGUUAUUAUGCAACGAUUGCAAAAUCACAAAUCAUCACUCACACUAAUGUUGACAAUCUUGCAAUGUCAAACAAUGCAGGAAGCUGAAAGUUCAACUCGCCGCCUCUGUCUCCUUGUCGAAGAGGUGGUGAGAAGCAACUCGGAACUAGCUGAUCGAAUCAGGGGAUUGGAGCGAGAGGGCUCGGUAAUCGCCAAAUCUACAGCUGGAGGAGACGAAGUAUCGACCAUUUGCCCAAAUCGGAAUGCAGAGGCGGUUUCGUUUAUCGAGACCAGCGAAUCUGCUUUGCAAUUCACCUUCGAGCAUGACUUACAGGCAUCCCAUGUUUACAACCGGACAAUCAACCGGCAUUCCCUGGCGUCCUUCACGAGCACAGCGCUGCACACAACGGCCCUAUCUGUUUUCUCAAACCUCAGCCUAUCGCAAGUUUCCAACAUAUCUUUCUACGCCCUGCCUGUCUACGCUCUUGAUCUGAGCAAUAGCAGCUGCUACAUCUUCGGCCAGGAAGGAGCCCUGCAAAAUGUUCAGAGCCCCCCGUUAUCCUUGACGGCAACAGCUUCCGACGAUGCGCAACGAAAAUCAAGCAAGCCAAGGCCUGAGACUGUUGAGUUGCACCUGCAAACCCAAACGCCCACGAGGCUUCUCGGCCGCUUUGCACGAAGGUCUAAGAUAAGCCGACCGAUAAAUCCCGUUCACGUUGUCCACGUUGGGUAUAACCAAAUCACAAGCGAGUUCACUGUAUGAACCCCCACGCCCAAUUAUUUACUCUGCACCUUUUCUGUAGGCAGACGACAAGCUAACCUCUGACUUUGAGCCUAGG